AUGGGGAUCCUGGUACAGGUGUUCGCCAGUGCACGCUCCAAGAUAGCCGUGGAGAGAGCUAAACAGAUGAUCACCGAUGUUAUUACAAGGGCGGCAUCUCGUCCUUCAGCUCAGAACUUCACUUCUCCAGACGGACGUGCUAUUACAAUCGAGAUGACUAUACCAGCAACAAAAUGUGGUCUUGUGAUUGGAAAGAUGGGAGAAACGAUAAAACAACUCCAGGUAAUACACAAACAGAUAGUCUAUGGGUAA